UAGGCCUCCAAGAUAGAUUCCCUAAGGAGCACGGUCGACCUGCUCAAGCUACCGCUGGUCCUCUCCACCAGGUCCAUCUCCGAGCGCAAGAGUCAGCUGGGCGGAGGGGGAGGGGCCCGCAAGGCCGGCCCACCGCCGCCCGCCACCCGGGACAACAUGGACAACGAGUCGCAGUACUCGGGCUACUCCUACAAGUCCUCGCACUCCCGCACCUCCCGCAAGCACCGGGACCGGAGGGAACGGCACCGGUCUAAGAGCCGGGACAGCAGCAGCCGGGGGGAUAAGUCGGUCACCAUCCAGGCGCCCGGAGAGCCUCUGCUGGACGCAGAGUCCACCCGCGGAGAUGACCGGGACGACAACUGGGGCGAGACGACCACGGUGGUGACGGGCACGUCGGUGGACAGCGUCUCCAACGAGGACCUGACGCGCGUCUCCAAGGACCUGGAGGAGAGCGUGCCGCUGCGGUGCACGCGCUUCGCCGGCCCGGUGCUGGGCGGCUGCCUCAGCCUGUUCGCCCUGCUCACGCCGCUGGCCUUCCUGGUGCUGCCGCAGGCGCUGUGGCGCGAGGCGCUGGACCCCUGCGGCACGCCGUGCGAGGGGCUCUACGUGUCGCUGGCCUUCAAGCUGCUGGUGCUGCUCAUCUCGUCGUGGGCGCUGUUCCUGCGGCCGGCCCGCUCCGCGCUGCCGCGCUUCUUCGUGUUCCGCUGCCUGCUGAUGGUGCUGGUGUUCCUGUUCGUGGCGUCCUACUGGCUGUUCUACGGCGUGCGCGUGCUGGAGCCCCGGGAGCGCGACUACCGCGGCAUCGUGGAGUACGCGGCGUCCCUGGUGGACGCGCUGCUCUUCAUCCAGUACCUGGCGCUGGUGCUGCUGGAGGUGCGCCACCUGCAGCCCGCCUUCUGCCUCAAGGUGGUGCGCAGCACGGACGGCGUCAGCCGCUUCUACAACGUGGGCCACCUCAGUAUCCAGCGGGCGUCCGUGUGGGUGCUGGACCAUUACUACACAGACUUCCCCGUCUACAACCCCGCCCUGCUCAACCUGCCCAAGUCCAUCCUCUCCAAGAAGAUGACCGGCUUCAAGGUCUACUCCCUGGACGAGAGCUCCACCAACAACUCCACGGGCCAAUCCCGGGCCAUGAUCGCAGCGGCCGCUCGGAGGAGGGACAACUCCCACAACGAGUUCUACUACGAGGAGGCUGAGAUGGACCGCCGCGUCCGCAAGCGCAAGGCCAGGCUGGUGGUGGCGGUGGAGGAGGCCUUCACGCACAUCAAGCGUCUCCACGACGACGAGGUGGCCGCCUCGCCCAAGCACCCCCGCGAGGUGAUGGACCCCCGGGAGGCGGCCCAGGCCAUCUUCGCCCCCAUGGCGCGGGCCAUGCAGAAGUACCUGCGCACCACCCGGCAGCAGCCCUUCCACAGCAUGGAGAGCAUCCUCAGCCACCUGCAGUUCUGCAUCACGCACAACAUGAGCCCCAAGGCCUUCCUGGAGCGCUACCUCAGCCCGGGCCCCACCAUGCAGUACCAGCGGGAGAGCGACAGGGGGCGCCAGUGGACGCUGGUGAGCGAGGAGCCCGUGACCUCGGCGCUGCGACAGUCCCUGGUCUUCUCGCUGCGGCGCCUCGACUUCUCCCUGGUCGUCACGGUGACGCCCCUCCCCUUCCUGCGCAUCGGCGAGGAGUUCAUCGACCCCAAGAGCCACAAGUUCGUGAUGCGGCUGCAGUCGGAGACCUCGGUGUGACGGAGCCGACGGCCCGACGACGAACAAAGAUUUGUGAAGUCCUUUUUACAG